AAAAAAGUGAAAAUAAUAAUACUGCAAUCCAGUUUCUCAUUUCAUUUCGCUAUCUUUUUGUUUCGUAAAUAUCUUUUCUUUUGCCGCUACAAAAUGAUACCGUCUUCCACUCUCCUAUCACUCGCCGGACCCGCCGUCCCGGCCUCCUUUUCCGGCGACAUGGCUCAUCCCGAAGCCAAGUGCUCUCCAAAACCUAGAAAUAUUUUCAACAAUUUCCGCAAAAAGGUGCUUCCUUUACAACGGUACAGCGUCAAUGGUUCGAAUUUGAAGAGAAGCAACUCAAUUUCGACCUUUGCAUUCGGCAAAGAAGCCAAGGAUAAUUUCUUCUCGGAUGUAAGUGAAGAUACCGAUGAUAUGUAUGAUGAAUUAUUGAAUAAUUAUGGAAAAGUAGUGUAUAAGAAAAAAGAUCAAAAGCCUGCAAGUGAAGAGAUCGACGAUGAUUCCGAAAGCUUAUCAUUUGCUGUGGAAAUGGCCACAGUUGCGAGUGAGGUUAAAGCGGGGGAUAUAAAGGUCUUGUUUGUGAAGCCACUUGUUUACUGGACUCGAUUUUUUAUCAUAGCUACAGCAUUUUCUCGUCCCCAAAUUGAUGCUAUUGGGUCGAGAAUUAGAGAUCGAGCUGAAAAGAAAUAUGGUAAAAUUCCAAAUGGAGACUCAAAACCUAACUCAUGGACCCUGUUGGACUUCGGUGAUGUUGUUGUCCAUCUAUUUCUUCCUCCACAAAGAGCUUUCUAUAAUUUGGAAGAGUUUUACGGUAACGCAACAGCAGUAGAGUUGCCUUUUGAAAACCAAUCACCAUUUACCAAUGAGAGAGGAGCCUUUGAUUUGUUAGAUGAUGCAGAGAGUUGAUUAAUUGUUAGCUUCAAGAAGACCAAUAAUCGCCGCCAAUUGUGGUUUGUUUACAUGAGUAUAAUGUGAACAAUUCAAUACACUUAUCGACACGAGGCUUUGGUUCGGUGUGAGUGGAGGCUCACUCUAUGGCAAAAAGGAAAAUGACAGUAUCAAUUGAUUCAAUGCAUUCAUUUUUUUCUUUCUUAGGGUGGUGUUUCUUCUGUUAAAAUUGUAAUAGAUGGGUUUUAGGGAAAGGAGUAGUAAACUAGAAAAGUAGAUCAGAAUUGUUUGUAUUCAUCAACUGGUUCUGUGAAUUUAUCUAUAUUUAUGUGGUAUAGAUUGCAAUUUUCA